AUGGCAGCUGCAAGCUUCCCUGACGCGGAGACCUGGCAUGUGGACACUCCGGUUGGCAAAAUCGAGGCAAAGCUCUCGGUUCCACUCGGUGAGAAAGCAACGGCGAUCGUGCUUUUAAUUCACGGGAUGUCCGCGCAACCAGAGAUUGUGUUCGAGUGGACGUUCCUCAUGGAGGUGAGGCCACUGCUCCAGCUUCAGGCGCUGCGCAACAUUUCGCUGUUUGCAGAAGUUACCGGACACAGAGGCAGUCCUGCCGAUGCUGUGGUAGCUCUCGAGGCCAUUGCCGGGUGGAUGCAAGAGACGGCAGGCCCUGUGCCACUUUUCGUCUAUGGCAAAAGCUGGGGUGGGGCACGGGCUGUGGAACUGUGUCAGCAGCUUCGUGAACAUGGGCGACCUCCUUCAGGAAUUUGCUUGGCUUGCCCUGUCCCGCCAGGAGAGGCCUUGCAAGGCCUUGGUAUACCUGCUCUGCUUGCAUGGGCCGAGGACGAUGCCGUGAUACCCUUCGCCGAGCAUGAGCUUUUGCUGCAGGCUUUGAGGUGUGAGGAUGCUCGCUCCAUCUUCGUGCCGGUGCAGGUUGGUGGUCAUCGAAUUGACAAGAUGGCAGAGUCAGACGAGCGCUUGGCCGCAAAGCUUGACGAGUGGCCAGAUUUAGUUUUAGGUCCCCUUGCGUCCUUGCGACGUUGA